AUGUCUAGACGGUCACAACGGCGGAGUGCAACGAAAGGCACUUCAAGUUAUCGGGAGCCAUCCGACCUUAGUGAUGAUAGCGAGGAAAUGGACACCCAACAGGUCGAUCGACAAGUAAAAGUCACCAAAAGAAAGCGCAAAGUGGUGUCAGAUCCUUCGUCGGAUGAGUCUGAUACCGGGGCUGAUGAGCAAAAGCAGUAUGUCCGGCCGAAGCCUCGUAGAACGGCCGCGACACCGCGGAAACGGGCGAAGUCGGCCCAAGCCCUCCCGGCACCAACCCCUACUGCCCAUUCCGAGCCUUUACACGAACCAGAACCUACGUUUGUAUCAUCGGUGAAAGUCCUGGAACUUAUGCGGGUGUGCUAUACCGGUGCCCGCGCGGGUGAUGUCCUGGAAGGAACCAACCCGGUAACGAAAGGCGCCUUGUUACGAGUUUGCCGAGCCCAAAUCCUUCCAAUGAAGCGCAAACUCGACCAAGUGCGUGCUGAACCGGCCUUGUGGCGCGCCUUCUUGCGCCAGCUGGGUACGCUCGACUUCUUCAGUGGUAUGAGUGAAGCGGGUCGCGCUGCCUGGUUGGAGGCGAAUGAGUUGAGCAAAGAGCGUAUGGGAAGCGAGGACGAUGAGGAGCUUGAUCAGUUACGCUUUCAGGUCCUUGGAUUGGGGACUAGCGUUCUUGGGACCAAGGUCAGCGCUGAAGACGUGGAGAAGCUCAUGGAGCCGCAGCCACGGGAAUGGCAGGCCGUAGACAUUGCGCGCAUGAUUCCUGCCAAUACCGAGUCUAACAGUACCACGGAAUCUGGCCGGCAUACGCUCUUUUUCAUCAAAUCAUGGUGGAAGAUCUCCACUGAUGCGCAAGUUGUCGGUGCAUUUGGCGGUCGAACGAUCGACAUAGCCGCAGGCACUUUUUCAUUCGAUGGUGGCAGCAACGUGGUUCCGCAGACCCAGCUCUAUCUACUUGAAGGUCUUCCAGCAGAUGGAGCGCCAGUGGCGUUUCGUGUGCCUGUGGGAGCUCCCGCCACACUGACCCUUGAGGGUCUCACCGAGUCGCACAUUAUACCGCUGUGGCUUACAUUGGACGAUAAGCGUGCGCGUAGCCUCGAUGCAUAUCAAGUCCGUAGUCUCGUUCAGACCGUGGGCCAGGCAUUGGCAGGCUAUGCGCCAUCGGCUCUUCGGUCGUUGCUGCAAAAGUUGAUUCGAUUCCCGUCCCGCGUCUGCACUGACUUCGUGAUACCUACUCCGACCGAGAACGACUUAGAGGUCCGAGACUUAAAGGAGGAGGUUGUGGAAAAUAAACCGAAGAAUGAUGCUGUCGCCGUAGGAGUCGAUUCUCGAAUUGUUUUGCUGACAGCAUGUUCCAUCUUGCUUGGUAAACCGAUGACAUUCAACCCCGACAUCGGACGGCAAGUAUCGGGCAUGGAAAGUUUCCUCAAACGCCUUGCUGUUAUCCUUUUCGAGGAUUCUUCAUUCGACGACGACGGCGCUACUGUACUCUCACUCCUGGCAGGCGCUAUGAUGACGCAGCGUGUGCGAAGCUGGCGUCCGACUAGCGAUUUGCUGAUGCAGUGGUUUCGUGCCGCGCUAACAGCAUAUGCUUCCCCUCUGUGCUUUCGCUAUGAUAUCCCUGCGGGUGAAGCGAUGCCUGCUUGGACACUGGGUGCCGGGACGACCAAGCUGCAAGCGUCGUCAGCUUUGCUUGACACACUGCGCAGCUUUUCGGGCGACCUGGCCAUGGUGCGCUACAUUGCGAGUGAGGUUGACGCACGGACAUUGCGAUUCACGAUCCGGGGACAUUGUGAAUCUGGAGCAUCAUCGUGGAAUAGCAAGCUUGCCUCCGGGUGGCAUGGGUUCGAGUCGUUACCGAUCUACCACCACUGCGACCAGCACGCAUUCCCCAACAUCGGCUACUAUUACAGUGUGGGCGUGGUCGAACGCGAAUGCAAAAGAGCCUCUCCGGGACAGCCAUAUGCACCGUUAUUCAAACGUUUGUUUGAACAAGUCACGGGUGCCAAUCCGCGACGCACAAUACUGGAGGAAGCCUCGUUUAAUGAUGAUCCCUUUGUACGUGAAACACGACUCGCUCAGCGACGCCUCGUCUUGUCGGCAUUCUCACCGCUGGGACCGAUGCGGCCAGAGGUGCCCAACAUCUCACAUGACUUCACCUUUGAGCUCGAUCAGUCGUGGUUACCGGGCCUGGUAGGCGCCAUUGAACUCAAAGGGCGGGCCAAAAAUGCGCGGAAGGGGACCCAAGCCCGCCCUGCUCUCCUCGUCACGCUCUGCUGCGAUGACCCGUCGGAACUCAUGGUGAUUCGCAAGCCUGCACGCGGCCUCAAAGCUGAUGAGGCGGCCUUGUCGGACGAGAUCGAGAGCGAAGCCGUCGAAGAAGCGCGUCAGCUGUUGAGCGCGGGUGUACCUCUCAAAGCCACUCGCGCACCCUCUACCAACUUCAAAGGGUGUACAGCCAUGUGGGAUGCCGAGCGGAACGAUUAUUGGAUCGUGUCUCAGAGCGGUCGUGGAGCACGUCGUGUGCUGUGGCAAGAAGCACGUCGCCUCAAAUUGCAAGUGCCGGUUCAUCCCUCAGUGCCGUAUACGAUGGAAGGCGCCCUCUUAUCGCAAGGUCCAGGCAUUCAAGAAGGCGCGAUGGAAGCACUCAAGGAAUUGGUAGCGAAAGCGCCUUCGCUUGCGGUACUAUCCCGCGUGUUAUAUUACCUGGAAACGUAUGACCACGACGUUCGUUUGAAUCGGAUAGCGCGCAAUGGCAACGGGAUGGAGUAUCAGGUGAACAUCAACGAUACGGCGGCCUUUCGAUGGUUGUUACGGUUCUCGUUGCUCUUCCCCGGUGCUUUGCGUCCGGCCGCACGCCAUCUAGCUGCUUUCAUCGUUCCGAACGGACCCCUCAUCUGGUAUGCUGUCGCACAUCUACGCACACUCGUGCUGGACAGGCGACUGGGAGAGCUUAAGGAUACCCGGAAGCAGCAUCCCGCGACCGCGGCCGCACGUGGUGUGGUUGCAGACUGGAAGCCGGACACUUGGGCCGCACCGUUCGCACCAUGGUUGCAUCAAACCGAGGCUCUCAACGACAUGAUCGGGAAGCUGAAUGCAGGCCGACGCGGGCACUAUCUGCACUCCCCAAUGGGAAGCGGCAAAACCCUUAUUGUCUCGAUGUACCUACAGCAUCUCGCCGUCAACGGGCUUUUGCCAGAGCAUGUUAUCUGGUCGUUGCCGCCUCCCGCUGUCGAUAGUGUCGCGCAGGAGCUGAAAUCGUUUGGCUUUGCGGUGCAUUGGAUGAUGCCAACCAAGAACAACAAGAGUAAGGCGCUGCCUGACGGCGUAGUUCGACAGACUGACGUCAAAAACUUGGCACGCUUUGCGAUCACGAUUGUACUCCAUGACGAUCUGAAACGAAUGGCUGACGAGUUGCGCCAGGCAUCGGAUGAUCUUUUCUUGGUCAUGGAUGAAGCACACAUGGCACUGGACGAAACGCAGCGGACCACGAUUGCGCGCGAGAUUGCUAAGCUGUCUCUCGGAUUCGUCGCACUGAGCGGCACGCCUACCAAGGAUAAUCGCAUCUAUAAGCUUAUCCCGUGGAUCUCCCUCGUCGUGCCGUUUGCCGUUAACGAGCGCAACUUCUGGGCCGCCUGUAACAGCCUCGUCAGCCAGAUCGUCGAUACCGGCGUGCACGUGCGUACCCACGAGAUCGAAGCGCCAUGGUCGUCGCCUGAGGAGGAGCACAGGUACCGUUCCUUGGUGCCUGAAAAGUAUGGAGGCGUCAACAAUUACUCGUCACGACAAGACGCUUCACGCGCCGCUACGCUCUGUUACGAUGCGUGUACGCGUGAAAUGGCGCGACUGGCAGUCGAAUUGCUUUACGGCAAAUUGGAAUUCGGCAAUGAUGCGAAAUGGCGAGGUGGCGUUUUCUUGGUCGCUAAUGACGAGGUGCAUCAAGAAGAGCUCACGAAGUUGGUGAUCCGCGUCAGUCGUGGACGCGCCAAAACUUCCGCUGCCGCCUCUAAAACGAACGCGCGCGACCUCGCCGACGCCGACAUUUUCUGCAUCACGGGUAGAGCCAGCAUCCACAUGUCGGAUACUGCCGUAAACGACAAAAAAGUGCGCGACUACCCAGUCGUCAUCACCACCAAGCGUCGAUCGACCGGCUACACGUUGUCUCGCCUCAAGGUUUCCAUCACAUCGGUGUACCCCUCCAAUCUCGCGACGCGUCUGCAGCUCGACGGGCGCUUGAAUCGGCUAUCGCAGUUGGCCAAGGAGCUCGACUAUUACACCGUGCACGCGGGCAUUCUGUCGUAUAUUCUGCAUAAUCAUCAGCAUGCUGCGUCUAUUGACAAGGCGUUUAAGGACAUGGGCGUUUAUAUUGCUGGACCGACGAUCUGA